AUGGCUCGCAUGGGGAGGUUGGGCUUUCUAGCCGUGGCGGUCGCCUUUCACCUCAUCUAUGCCUACUCGAUCUUUGACAUAUACUUUGUCAGUCCGAUCGUCAGUGGCAUGCGCGAGUACAGCGUGGCCCAUCGAGAAGAAGCUCCAGCCAAACGACUCGUCCUGUUUGUUGGCGACGGUCUGCGCGCAGACAAGGCUUUCCAAUACUUUGCCGACCCUUCCCCUGGCGCCGAACAGGAGGCCGACUGGCAAGAACCGCGUCCGCUUGCUCCCUUUCUUCGAUCGCGCGUCCUCGAGCAUGGCACGUUCGGCGUGUCGCAUACUCGAGUCCCUACCGAAUCUCGACCCGGUCACGUCGCCUUGAUUGCCGGCUUGUAUGAAGAUGUUUCGGCCGUCACCACUGGCUGGAAGCUGAACCCCGUCCACUUCGACAGCGUCUUCAAUCGCAGUCGUCAUACAUGGAGUUGGGGUAGUCCCGAUAUCCUGCCUAUGUUCCAAGAGGGCGCAGUUCCUGGUCGCGUCGAUGCCGACAUGUAUGGUGCAGAAGAGGAGGACUUUAGCAAGGACGCUACUCAUUUGGACACCUGGGUCUUUGACAGAGUUGAAGAGCUGUUCACACGCGCCGGUCAAGACCCAGAAUUGAAUGCGCGUCUGAGACAGGACAAGAAUGUCUUCUUUUUGCACCUCUUGGGCUUGGAUACCACUGGUCACUCGUACCGCCCCUACUCUCGCGAGUAUCUGCACAACAUCAAAGUCGUCGAUCAAGGUGUCGAGAAAAUUACUGCCCUGAUUGACCGCUUCUACAACGACGACAAGACAGCCUACGUCUUCACUGCCGAUCAUGGCAUGAGCGAUUGGGGAAGUCACGGCGACGGACACCCGGACAAUACCAGGACACCUUUGAUUGCCUGGGGCUCUGGAGUCGCCAAACCGGUCACUGUGUCUACCGGUCUGGCUCCUGGUCACGAGGAUGGCUUCUCGUCUGAUUGGCACCUGGAUCAUGUCCAGCGCAACGAUGUCGCUCAAGCAGAUAUCGCCACCCUCAUGGCAUAUCUUGCCGGUCUUGCCUUCCCAGUCAACUCGGUAGGUGAAUUGCCUUUGGCCUUCUUGUCGGCCGACCAGCAGACCAAGGCUCAAGCGAUGCUGGUCAAUGCCCAAGAAAUCCUGGAAAUGUAUCGCAUCAAAGAACAUGACAAGAAGAACACUGUGCUUCGCUACAGACCUUUCCCAGGCUUUGCCGAUGACCAGCACUCUCCUGAUCAUCGCAUUGACGCCAUUGAAAAGUCCAUCUCCCAAGGACACUUUGAGCAGGCAAUUCAAGACUCGGAUGCUCUCAUCAAGAUGGGCCUGCAAGGCUUGAGGUACCUACAGACCUACGAUUGGCUCUUCCUACGUGCUCUGGUGACAUUAGGCUACCUGGGCUGGAUGGCCUUUGCCCUUACAUAUGCUCUGGAUCAGCACGUCUUUGACGGCAAGAUUGAUGCGAUUCGAUCCACCACGACCACGACUAUAUUUUCCAGCGUCUUUGUUGCGCUUCUUGCCCUGUUACUUGUCCAGUCUUCCCCGUGGACCUACUACGCGUAUACAAUCUUCCCCGUCAUGUUCUGGGAAGAGGUGUUCGCUCGUCGUAAAGCACUCUCACAGGCCAAGGCAAUAUUUUUCAAGCAAUUGUCUGGCAGGGAUAUGCUGGGUCUCGGGCUUAAUCUGCUCGUCUUUGUUGGAAUCCUCGAGAUCAUGGUUCAAAGCUACUACCAUCGCGAGAUGUACACACUUUGUUACCUCUUGGCCAUCCUUUGGCCAGCUUCUUACGGACUCGGGUUCGUGCGUCAAAACUGGAUCGUCUCUGCUACGUGGGCCUUGGCUUGCGCUUCCAUGAGCAUAUUUACAGUGUUGCCUGCCAUCAAGGUUGAGAGUAUAGGUCAGAUACUUUUGGGUGGUGCGCUCAUGCUCUUGAUCGGUGUCCUGUACAUUGCUUUUGAGAAAAGUCUACUCGUUCCAACAGCAGGUCUCGCUGCGCCAAAAGUUGACCAAACCUCGAGAAUCCUUACAGGCGUCCAAACCGGGCUUAUUGCCUUGGCAAUGAUUGUCACACGUUCCAGUGUCACCUCGUUGCAAGCAAAGGCUGGUUUACCACUAGGUGCUCAGGUUACUGGCUGGGUAGUGCUGGUCUCGUCUCUGGUACUGCCCUUUGCCCACUCGUUCUCGCCCAAUAACCACUAUCUCCAUCGAUUGUUGGUCAUUUUCCUUGCAUUUGCACCAAUGUUCAUCAUCCUUACCAUCAGCUACGAGGGUCUCUUUUACUUUGCAUUGAGCUGUACCCUGAUCACCUGGGUCAGACUCGAGCACCGCAUCUAUCGCUCCUUCACCACACGCACAAGUGGAGUGUCCGAGAUGACCUCUACAGAUCGUGUGACCACUCCCGAGAAGCACGAAUAUCGCUCCUUGACUUUGGCCGAUGCACGCAUCGCCCUCUUCUUCCUGUAUUUGCUACAAUCCGCCUUCUUCAGCACUGGCAAUAUCGCUUCGAUAUCUUCAUUCAGUCUGGACGCAGUGUCUCGCCUCAUCCCCGUCUUUGAUCCUUUCUCCCAAGGCGCACUGCUCAUGAUGAAAAUCGUUGCACCAUUUGCUCUCGUGUCGGCAAACCUUGGCCUGUUGACUCGUCGCCUCAAAUUAAAGUCUGGGGCGUUGUUCGCACUGGUAAUCGCGAUGGGAGAUUGGUUGACGCUGAGGUUCUUCUGGAGUGUGCGUGACGAGGGCAGUUGGCUUGAGAUUGGUGAGAGCAUUACUGUCUUUGUCAUUGCAAGCGCACUUUGCGUCUUUGUUGCUGGGCUUGAAAUGGUUAGUGAGGCCUUUGUUCGUGGCAUCGAGUUUGAUGACGAAGUCCAGGAUGUCUCGGUGAGCAGUGGCAACAUCAAUGGGGUCAAGACAGAAUAG